GUAUUCUGGCACUCCAGCACCCAUGUCCUGGGGGCAGCAGCUGAACAAUUCCUAGGUGCUGUCCUCUGCCAAGGUCCAAGUACGGAAUGUGGCUUCUACCAUGAUUUCUUCCUGGGCAAGGAACGGACAGUCCGGGGCUCAGAGCUGCCUGUUUUGGAGCAGAUUUGCCAGGAACUUGCAGCUGCUGCUCAACCUUUCCGGAGACUAGAGGCUUCCCGGGAUCAGCUUCGCCAGCUCUUCAAGGAUAACCCUUUUAAGCUUCGCCUGAUUGACGAGAAAAUAACAGGUCCAAAGGCAACAGUUUAUGGAUGCGGAAUGUUGGUUGAUCUUUGCAGGGGCCCCCACCUGCGGCAUACCGGACAGAUUGGAGGCCUUAAGCUGCUAACGAAUUCAUCAUCCUUAUGGAAGUUUUCAGGCACCCCAGAGACACUGCAGAGAGUGUCAGGAAUUUCCUUCCCCACAGCAGAGGAGCUGAGGGCCUGGGAAGAAUGGAGGGAAGAAGCAGAGUUACGGGACCACCGGCGCAUUGGGAAGGAACAGGAGCUCUUCUUCUUCCAUGAACUGAGCCCUGGGAGCUGUUUCUUCCUUCCUCGAGGGACAAGGGUGUAUAAUGCAUUGGUGGCUUUUAUCAGGGCCGAGUAUACUCGCCGCGGUUUCUUAGAAGUGAAAACCCCCACGCUGUUUUCUACGAAACUCUGGGAACUGUCAGGGCACUGGGAGCAUUAUCGGGAAGACAUGUUUGCCCUGCAGCCCUCAGGCACUGAUGGGCCUGCCAGCUCCCAGAGUGAUCACUCUACCAGCCAUCCCACAGAUACACUCGCCCUCAAGCCAAUGAACUGCCCUGCACACUGAUCCUGGCGAGAGCUUCCCCUCCGACUGGCAGACUUCGGGGCCCUGCACCGGGCUGAGGCCUCUGGUAGUCUCGGGGGACUGACUCGGCUGCGGUGCUUCCAGCAGGAUGAUGCUCACAUCUUCUGUGCACCGGAUCAGCUGGAAGCAGAAAUCCGAGGCUGUCUUGAUUUCCUCCGCUCCGUCUACACUGUGCUUGGCUUCUCUUUCCGCCUGGCACUGUCUACCCGGCCAUCUGGCUUCCUGGGAGAGCCUUGCCUUUGGGACCAGGCUGAGCAGGUCCUUCAACAGGCUCUGGAAGAAUUUGGAGAACCCUGGGACCUCAAUCCUGGAGAUGGUGCCUUCUAUGGACCUAAGAUUGACGUGCAUGUCCGCGAUGCCCUGGGCCGGCCCCAUCAGUGUGGGACAAUCCAGCUUGACUUCCAGCUGCCUCUGAGAUUUGACCUCCAGUACAAGGGGCAGGCGGAGGCCCUGGAGCGUCCAGUCCUCAUUCAUCGAGCAGUGCUAGGUUCUGUGGAGAGGAUGUUGGGCGUGCUGGCAGAAAGCUGUGGGGGGAAAUGGCCCCUGUGGCUGUCCCCAUUCCAGGUGGUGGUCAUCCCUGUGGGGAGUGAGCAAGAGGAAUACGCCAGGGAGGCACAGCAGAGCCUUCGAGCUGCAGGACUGGUCGGAGACCUGGACGCCGACUCUGGACUGACUCUCAGUCGGAGAGUCCGACGGGCUCAGCUUGCCCACUACAAUUUUCAGUUUGGUAAGUGACUGGGUCCGCCCAGGCCCCCAGAGCCCUACACUCUUCCACCAGGCCUCUGUGUUGUUCUUUCUUAUCUAUUCAACUGCGUGUUUGGGUUGAUGGGGGCUCAUUACCUGAGCUGGGCAGGAGUCAGGACUCAGAACACCAGAGCUAUUUGGGCCUUAGGUUACUUCACCCCUGACCCUCAGAACAGUUUUCUUCUGACCCCCACCCCAGCUCUUGGUGUUUGUUAGGUUAAUUAACUGAGGAAGCAUCAGAGAGAAAGGGACAGGAAGGGUUAAUAAGGCAUUAAUUAGUAAGCUUUGUUUAUUUUAGACCUAGAAAGAGUCAGGCCUAAAGGAUGAGGAGAAAGGCCUUAAGGGAAAAAAAGUCUAGGCCUUCCUUACUCCUCUUUACCCUUUCCCAAGGUUCAGAGCUCUGUCCUGAAGGCAAGUAGAUCCCGGGGACUUGUACAAGUCACACACACACACACACACACACACACUUUCUCUGGCUCUGCACACACACACACACACUUUCUCUGGCUCUGCGCACGCGCACACACACACACACACACACACACACACACUUUCUCUGGCUCUGCUUCUUGAUCUGUUUUUCUUUCUUUGGCUGACCCUACUAUCUCUGACCCCUGGGCUUCUGAAUGGAAGUGAUAAGGCAUGUAGGAGAAUGUCUGCAACAUUUCCUUAUCUCCUCAGGAUGAAGACGGAACUAGAGAGCAAGAGGCAGCUAAAUAUACCCUUUUUCAGAGCCAUGUCUGAGCUAUGCUAAAUCCUAAAGAUUUAGGUUUCUUACAUUUCUGCAUAACAAAAGGAGAUUAUCUUCUGGAUAAAUGUGUCUGAGAUUCUCACACCUCCCCUCUCCUGCAGUUGUUGGCCAGAAAGAGCAGAGUAAGAGAACAGUGAACAUUCGGACUCGAGAUAAUCAUCGACUUGGGGAGCGGGACUUGGCUGAGGCUGUACAGCGGCUGCUGGAGCUGCAGAACACCAGAGUCCCAAAUGCUGAAGAAAUUUUUUAAGUUUCUCUAUGUAGAUGUGUCAAAGAUCUGCAGGGGCCGCCAGCCCUCCUUAACACAGGAGAGCCCAACCUGACUGACAGAAUCCAGAGUUCCCCCAGGGCCCUCAGAACUCAUGUGGAGGCGUGAAUCUGCUCUCCUGAAGAGAGAUUUGGUCCAGGGGAACCUGUUGCUAUUUGGAUGUGAGGAGAAUGAAACUAAAAGUAAUAAACUCGAGGAGUUCCCUGGUGGCCUAGAAGUUAAGGAUCCAGCAUUGUCACUGCUGUGGCUUUGAACCCUGGCCCAGGAACUUUGGUGAGACCAAAUAAAUAAAGAUAAAAAUAAUAAAUCUGGAGUUCCUGUUGUGACUCAGUUGGUUAAGAACUCGACUGGUAUCCAUGAGGCUGCGGGUUUGCUCACUGGCCUCACUCAGUGGGUUAAAGGAUCCAGCAUGCGAGCUGUGGUAUAGUUUGCAGAUGCAGCUCAGAUCUGGUGUUGCUGUGUCUGUGGUGUAGGCUGGCAGCCACAGCUCCAAUUGUACCCCUAGUCUGGGAACUUCAUAUGCUGCACGUGUGGCCCUAAAAAAUAAAAAUAAUAAAACUGAAGCUACUGGACGUGUGUCUUUCAUCUCUUGACUUCUGAUGGGGACAUAAAGACAAAUUUGUCUCCUCUUUUGUCCUGAGGGGUUGGGGAAAUUGAAGAGGGGCACCCUUGGCUUCUCACUGGUCAGGGAGCAGCCCAGGAUAGCUGUCUGUUCCUUUCUCAACUCCUUAGUGCCCUUUUCCCCCAACCCUAAUUCAGCAGGGUGUCAGAUCCAUUCUCCACAGAAGGCAGCAUGCAGCAUGGAGAAACUGAGGCACAAAAUGGAGAGAUUGAGUUCUCAGACCUCUUGCUCCAUGAUUCUCAGAAUCAGUUUCUCUUGGAGUUGGGUUCACCUCCAUUCUUCUCAAUCCUCUCAGGAGGCUUCAGGGUGAGUUUUGGAGGAGUGGCUGCAGAGGAGGAGCAGCUGGGACUGAGUCAUGGCAGGAAGCUGAGGAGGGCGGUAGCUAUCCCCAGAUAGCUAUAUAAAAGGAGAAGCAGUCGGCCCUGAAGUUCACAACGGCAGUGACAGCAACUGGACAAGCAGGCUCCCAGCUGUCCAGCCCUUCAGAUCUGCCUGAGAGGACCUACCUGGGUUGCCACCGACCAGCCCUUGCCCCAGGAUGGGGACCACGUCCAGAGCAGCCUUGGUCUUGGCCUAUUUGGCUGUUGCUUCUGUAGUCCCAGAGGGAGUUUCCAAGGCUCCAGGGCAAAGGGAGCUGGGGGCAGAGCACCUCCUUCAAGAAGCUGGCUAUGCUGCACCCCCUUCCCCACCCCUGAGCCACACUCUCCCCAGGGAUCCCCCUGACACUUCUCAGCAGAGCCCUCACUUUGAGGGACAGAGUGAAGUGCAGCCCUCUUCCUCUCAGGAAGCCAUCCCAUUCCAGCAGGAGGAGCUGACCCCUGCCCAACUCCCUGCGGAAAAGAAAGGGGAUCCUCCUCUCCUUCAAGAAACUGUGCCCCUCCAAAAAGAGCAGUCCCCUCCCAAGCUCCCUACAGAACAGAAGGAAAAAAAGCCAUCUUCCUUCAUGGAGCACAGACCCCCAGAGCCUGGGUCUUGGAAUGCAGCCCAGCACUGCCAACCGGGCCGACCCCGUGGGGGCUGGGGCCACCGGCUGGAUGGCUUCCCCCCCGGACGACCUUCUCUGGAUAAUAUGGACCAGAUUUGCCUUCCUAAUCGUCAGCAUGUGGUGUAUGGCCCUUGGAACCUGCCGCAGACUGGCUUUUCCCACCUUAGUCGCCAGGGUGAGGCCCUCAAUUUGCUGGAGACCGGAUAUUCUCGAUGCUGCCGCUGUCACAACUACAUACACCGCUUGGACUGUGCAAAACUCGUGUGGGAGGACGCGAUGACCCGGUUCUGUGAGGCCGAGUUCUCGGUCAAGACCCGACCCCACGGGUGCUGCAAACGGCAGGGGGAGGCUCGAUUCUCCUGCUUCCAGGAGGAAGCUCCCCGGCCACACUACCAGCUCCGGGCCUGCCCCAGCCACCAGCCCGGUAUUUCCUCGGGCCCCGAGCUGCCUUUUCCCCCUGGGCCACCCACACUGGACAAUAUCAAGAACAUCUGCCACCUAAGACGCUUCCGCUCCGUGCCACGCAACCUCCCAGCUACUGACCCCAUCCAAAGGCAGCUGCAUGCUCUGACCCAGCUGGAGGGGGAGUUCCAGCGCUGUUGCCAGCAGGGGAACAACCACACCUGUACAUGGAAGGCCUGGGAGGAUGCCCUUGAUGGAUACUGUAAUCAGGAACAGGCUACAAAGACCCACCGCCACUUGUGUUGCCACCACCCUCCUAGCCCUGCCCGCGAUGAGUGCUUUGCCCGUCAGGCUCCCUAUCCCAACUACGACCGGGACAUCUUGGCUCUUGACCUCAGCCGAGUCACCCCCAACCUCAUGAGUCAUCUCUGUGGCAAUCGAAGAGUUCUCACCAAACAUAAGCAGAUUCCUGGGCUGAUCCAGAACAUGACAGUCCGAUGCUGUGAUGUGCCGUUUCCAGAGCAAGCCUGCUGUGCUGAGGAGGAGAAAGCAGCCUUUAUCGACAACCUGUGUGGCCCCCGAAGAAAGUUCUGGCGAGACUCUGCCCAUUGCUGUAAACUGAGUCCUGGGGAUGAACAGGUCAACUGCUUCAACGUUAAUUAUCUGAGGAAUGUGGCUGUAGUGGCUGGAGACACUAGGGAUGCCAAGGGCCAGGGGGAGCAGGGCCCAACUCAGGGAACAAAUAUCAGCCCCACCCUUGAGCCCAAGGAAGAGUGAGUCACCCCAGAGCCUUGGAGGAUCAGAUUGGGGGAACCCCACCCCACCCCACCCUCCUGGAAUAUUCAUUACAGUAAACACCUCUUGGAUUUGGCCUCAUUAUUGUCUGUAACAUCACACACAAACACACCCUCCUAAGCCUGCCCAAAUUUUCUUUAGUGACUGGCCCCUGAGGCCCACUGCCCCACCCCCACUAACUGAGCAGAAGUUGUUCCACAGGCUAUUGGGACCAUAACUAAACAGCUUAACUUUAGUAUUUGUCGUCUUGAAUUUAUUCACAUAUUUAAAAGGAAUGUCACUUUGUUAUCUGGCUAUCAGAAUUCAGAUGUGAAAAGGAUAUGAUUCAUGUCUUUGGUGAGACCCCAAAAUGCCACAGCCCUGCCUGACAUUUUAAAAUCUUCACUUUUGA